AUACUAAAAGUUUGUGUUUACCUUUUAACACUUGCUUGUGUUAUCUCAACAGCUGUUAUCUCGAAGGGAUCCAUGUUAUUUAUGACUUCCCAUGUUCGGCAAGAUCGAACACUUCCAGUUUGCAAAAAAGGAUUGGGUCUAGAAAGAGACAGAGAUUACGAAGUAAAAAUUCCGGAGCAAGAGAGACUUGCGUGGAUUUGGUGUCUCUUUUUUGCUGUGAUUAUCCCCGAGUUGUUUACUCUGUUCCGCAGUUCCAGGAUAUGUGUUUUCAAGUCGUACAGAAAACCGAAGUUGACGACCUUCAUGACGGUUUUUCUUAUGGAAACAUUACAUGUGUUAGGAUUGAGCCUCCUGGUAUUUGUCGUCCUACCAGAUCUGGACGUGGUAAAGGCGGUUAUGUUGACAAACUGUGUUUGCUUUAUGCCUGCUCUGUUCAGUCUUUUAUCUCACCAUAAAGAUGAGGAAAAACGUCCUUUAAAAGUCAUUUUGGACAUCCUCUCCAUCAUUGCACAGGCUACUGGAUUCGUAAUAUGGCCGAUCGUCGAGCAUUAUAAACGUUCCUGGACAAUUCCUGUUGCUGUCUUCUUAAUAUCCUUCACCUGGUGGGAAAACUUCAUCGACAAAAAGUCACCUGUUGGGCUCAUCAAGAAACUCGCAAAUGUAAAGGGGGAUCUUCGCAAAAGCCGAUACUUUACGUACAUCUUCAUUUCCAUCUGGAAGAUUAUUCUGAUUUUCUGUAGCAUGCUGGUUUUCCUGUACAUGACAAUGGAGAAUGUAUCCAAUCUCUUCCAUCUCUUCAAAAACAGUUUUCGCUCUCACUUAGUCAUGGUCUAUCAAGUGAAAACUCUUGUCCUCGACUCCAACCUUCCGGAUCUUCCCACAGCCAGCCCCAUCCACGAAGAAAUAGCUAUAGAUUCCCUAGCAAUGACCCCCAUUUACGUGGCGUUAAUUCAAGUAAGUGCGUCCUUACUUUGUUACGUAUUCGGCAAGUUUGCUUGCAAGAUUUGUAUCCAGGGAUUUAGCUUUGCAUUCCCCAUCAGUCUCACUGUCCCUGUAACAAUGUCCUUGUUAAUUGCCGCAUGUGGAAUCCGCUCAGAGAACGAGUGUUUCUAUGAAGAUAUCUUCCCCAAGUAUCUCUUCUGGACUUGUCCUGAUGGGGAUUUCUUCCAAGACUUUGUCUCCAAACAACAUGCGUGGAUUUGGUUGCUAUGGCUACUUUCCCAAACCUGGAUUGCUGUUCACAUUUGGACUCCCAAGUGUGAAAGAUUGGCUUCGACGGAAAAGCUCUUUGUCAACCCAAUGUACAUUGGCGUUCUCGUAGAUCAAUCAGUUGCUUUCAACAGACGAAGAGACGACAUAGCGGAGAUUAAGAGCUCGGAUAUUGAUCUUGUGGUGAACGAAUACACCGACAGCUCCCAAUACUACGAGACUAUAUCCGUACAUACGGACGAAUCCUCUGGCAGCCAUAACGGACGGAGCGGACAUACUGUUCGGAACAGUGAUCAUAUUACUCGCAUCUACGCAUGCGCUACAAUGUGGCACGAAACGCCUGACGAAAUGAUACAGAUGCUGAAGUCUGUCAUGAGGAUGGAUGAGGACCAAUGUGCUCGAAGAAAUGCCCAAAAAUACCUCAACAUUGUUGAUCCUGACUACUAUGAAUUCGAAGUUCACGCUUUCUUUGAUGAUGCCUUUGAAUUGAGCGACGACAAUGAUGAAGAGAUGGUUGUUAAUCGCUUCGUGAAACAACUCAUAAGAGUUAUUGACGUUGCUGCAAGUAACGUUCAUCAGACAAACAUCCGGCUCAAGCCUCCUAAAAAACUUCCAACACCCUAUGGCGGCCGACUUGUUUGGACGAUGCCUGGCAAGAACAAACUCAUCGCCCACCUCAAGGACAAAAUUAAAAUCAGACAUAGGAAGAGGUGGAGUCAGGUAAUGUAUAUGUAUUACUUGCUGGGACACAGACUGAUGGAGCUUCCCAUUGAUGUAAACCGGAAAGAAGUCAUUGCAGAAAGUACCUUUAUUUUGACACUAGAUGGCGAUAUAAAUUUCCGGCCUCACGCUGUACAACUACUAGUAGAUCUGAUGAAAAAAAAUCGAAACUUAGGGGCAGCUUGUGGUCGUAUUCAUCCCGUAGGGACAGGCCCCAUGGUGUGGUAUCAGAAAUUCGAAUAUGCCAUCGGUCAUUGGCUGCAGAAAGCUACUGAGCACAUGAUUGGCUGCGUGUUGUGUAGCCCCGGAUGUUUCUCGCUCUUCCGGGCGAAAGCACUAAUGGAUGACAACGUAAUGAGAAGAUACACAACAAAGUCAGAAGAUGCCUUACAUUACGUACAAUACGAUCAAGGUGAGGACCGUUGGCUUUGUACUUUACUUCUCCAACGUGGCUACAGAGUGGAGUACAGCGCUGCUUCUGACGCCUAUACACACUGUCCCGAAGGCUUUGGAGAGUUCUACACCCAGCGUCGGCGAUGGGCGCCCUCUACCAUGGCGAACAUCAUGGACUUGUUGGGUGAUUACAAGCGGACUGUUAGCAUCAACGAUAACAUCUCUAUUCCAUACAUAAUAUAUCAGGGCAUGUUGAUGCUUGGAACUGUUCUGGGUCCUGGCACAAUCUUCCUGAUGUUGGUAGGCGCCAUGGUGGCGGCCUUCAAGAUCUCCAAUUGGACGUCAUUUGGCGCCAAUAUCGUACCAAUCCUCUUUUUCAUUUUCAUCUGUUUUGUAGCCAAUAAUAACAUCCAGAUUCUUGUAGCCCAGAUUUUCAGCUCUGCAUAUGCUUUGCUUAUGAUGGCUGUGUUGGUGGGUACGUCCAUCCAGUUGUCGGAGGAUGGCGUUGGCUCUCCAUCUUCUAUUUUCUUAAUUGGACUUUCAAGCAGUUUCUUUAUAGCUGCAGUUAUUCAUCCUCAAGAGUUCUGGUGUGUUGUUCCCGGACUUCUGUAUUUCAUCAGCGUACCGUCCAUGUACCUGUUGUUGAUUCUGUACUCUCUGGUAAACCUGAACGUCGUUUCUUGGGGGACUCGUGAAGUCCAAACUAAAAAGUCUAAAAAGCAACUGGAAGAAGAAAGAAAGGAAAUGGAAGAAAUGAAGAAAUCGAAGAAGAAGAAAAGUGAUUUGUUUGGAUUUCUGGGGAUGGGAGGAAACGAAGAUGAAGAAGAGGGAAGCAUAACCUUUAGCUUCGCUAAUCUCUUUAAAUGUAUGAUCUGUACUUACCCAAAAGCUAGUGAAGAGAAGGUCCAGCUUCUGAGGAUCAGUGACCAGCUGGAAUCGUUGAAUAAAAAGAUUGUCUCACUUGAGAGAAAUCUGGACAUUGGUCAAGUCUUGUUACCUGGAGGAGGAAUGAAACGUCGAUCUUCUAUCGGCCGCCGAUCGGAUCGAGGCUCUGAAGGCUUGUCGACGGUUGCAGAAGGUGAAGAAGAGGAGGAAUUCGAUAGCAACUCGGAGGAUACUGACAGCGAAAGAUUAGAACCUAAAGUGGAACGAGAUGAUCUCAUAAAUCCAUACUGGAUUGAAGACAAAGAUCUGAAACGUGGAGAAGUGGAUUACCUGAACGGACCUGAGAUCCAGUUCUGGAAGGACAUGGUGGAGAAGUACCUCUACCCACUGGAUCAGAACAAGGAGCACGAGGCAAGAGUAGCGUCCGAGUUGAAAGAGCUGAGAAACAAGGUGGUCUUUGGGUUUCUAAUGUCCAACGCUCUUUUCAUCCUUAUUGUUUUCCUUCUUCAACUUAACAAGGACCAACUACACAUUAAUUGGCCCUUAGGAGUGAAGACUAACAUCACUUACAUUCCGGAAACUAGCGAGGUCCGGAUCGACAAGGAAUAUUUGCAGCUAGAACCCAUUGGGUUGGUGUUUGCAACAUUCUUCGCCAUCAUCCUGAUUGUCCAGUUUUUGGCCAUGUUGUUCCAUCGGUUUGGUACUUUGUCACACAUCUUGGCGUCAAUCGAAGUGACAUGCUUUAACAAGAAGGUGGAAGAUAUGACAGAAGACGCCUUUUUUGACAAAAAUGCGAUCCAGAUAGCUCGACAGCUCCAGAAACUGAGAGGAUUAGAAGAUGACGAGAAAAGUGAAGAUUAUGAAACUGGAGAUCGACUUGCUAGACGAAAAACUAUUCAUAAUUUGGAGAAAAGACGUCACCAGAAGACAAGGGUUGGAACUUUGGAUGUGGCGUUUAGAAAACGUUUUAUGAAUUUUUCACCAGAGAAUGAAAUUGGAACACCAGUGCUGAGUGGAUUCCAACGUCGAAAGGAUACUCUGAAAGUUCUGGCUGACCGUCGGACAUCUUUGAUGAAGAAAACUGGUCAAAUGGAAACUUUAGGUGCUCGAAAUCAAUUCACAAAUCAACCGAGUCGACAACGAGGUCGUUUAGACAGAAUCUUAGCAACGCCUAAUGGAACUAUGGAAGGUUUCAAAAACACUGCUUUUGAGGGGAGUUCUGAUGAAGAGGAGGGACAGAAAGUAAAAAUGCAAAUCUACAACCCGGGUUCCAAGAGCAGUUAUCGGGAAGAAAGUGAUUCUCCAAGGAAGCGUCUUAGCCAUAAGUAAAAAUAGAAAUAGAUAAACUUUGUGUUUAAACAGUUUCUAGGGCAGAUUUUUCAACAAUAAAAGUGUGCCACAAAUUAACAUUUUAUAUAAACAUAAUCCUUGUUAGUCCUAACAAUUUUCACUCUGUAGAUUUUAUGUGAAUUUAAGCCUAACUAAGAUUUUUAUCAUUGUGACUUUGAUCGUUUUCUUAAUUAUAAUAUGAACUGAGAGAAUAAAAUACUUUGGGUUUGGAACAUUAGUCUUUUAAAGUUA